AUGUCUGCUCUGUCGUUUCCUCCGGACUUACUGCAUGCCCCUGGCACUGGCGAGAGCGUCUUCGAAUGCUCAGUCCCCGCGGCGGCUACCUGCAUCCAGCCCGGUCUUCAUGCUGUCAUCGUAUUGGCAGGCGUGCGUAUCGCUCAUUUUCUGUCCACCGGUGUGGAGGACGCAGUCAUUGGGUUCUCCGAUCACGACGAGGCUAUGAAAGCAGUUGGGCUUCACGUCGAGACAGGAUCGUCGGUGGCACAGAUCCUUGAAUUUACGAAGACUGCCUUAUCGGACGCUUCUCCUCCUGCCGAAGGAACUUCGCUGCACACCGUGGUGUGUGGACAGGAUUUCAGGCGCCGCCAGGAUUGCGGCAAACUCACCUUCCCGCUUGUCGUGUCAUAUAGCGGACAUGACUUGUCCUUGGCUGGCCAAUCGCACUUAUACUCGCCGCAGAACUUGAGUUGCAUUGGUGGCAAUGUGCAAGAUGUCAUCGAUAUCAUCUACAACGCCCCCAACACUAUCAUGGCCGACUUUCACUUUCCCGGUGCGGUCCAGCGGCUUGCUGCUGUAGGCGUACCUCUCGGUAUACCGCCACCGCCGACGUACGAGGCAAGGCCCCUCCGAGAUAUCUUCCGUGCUGCCGCGACGGCCCACUCACACAAGAUCGCAUUGACCGACGGCGACCUCGAGCUCACAUACGCGGCGUUCGACGCGCUCACCGACAUGCUCGCGGACAAGAUAUCGGAGGUUCUCAGAGACGACCCAGCCACGGACUACAUCGCGACCUGUAUUCCUGCGUCGCCACUCGCCAUCAUCGUGAUCUAUGCUAUCAUCAAGUACGGCGCCGCAUUCGUCCCGCUCGAUGUGCGUCUGCCGGAGGCCAGGCUGUGCACGAUCGUCACAAACUCGGAGGCCAAACUGGUCAUUACGAGCGCGGAUUCGCCUUCUGUGCCAGAUGUGCCCGCCGCCAGGUUGGACGUCUCGAACUUCUUGGACGUGCAUAUACCGCGUGUGGCGGGGUGGAAGGGUAGCGCGAAGACGCUCUGGCGCAGUCAGCCCCAUGAAAUCGCGUACGUCCUUCAUACAAGCGGCACCACUGGCGUGCCCAAGGGCGUCUGCAUCAGAACUUCCACUGUGCUUGCUUUGCUCUACGAGCGCGACUACGUCCUUUUCACCCCCGACAUGCGCGUCGGCCAGAUCGGUAACCUCGCGUGGGACGGCAGCAUUCUCGACGUUUGUUGCACGCUCACUAUCGGCGCAACUCUGGUCUGCUUCUCGGCUUACGAUGUCCUUGAGCCCAUCCGCCUCGCGGCGCUGUGUCGCGCGCGACGAGUCAACGCGCUGUCGAUCGCCACCUCACUGUUCCGUCACUUUCUCUCCUUAGCGCCAGAGGUGUUCGCAGAUCUACGAGUUGUCAUGGCCGGAGGAGAGAUGCUGGACUUCUCGCAGUGCCAGCGCUUCAGGGCAGUGAACCCUACAGGCGAAUUAGUCAAUGGAUACGGUCCGACCGAGACGUGCUACAUCGCAGUGGCACACCGCGUCGGCCGUAUGCUUGAUCACGGCCCUGUACCGAUCGGGAAGCCCCUACACUAUACGCAAUGCGUGGUCCUUGACGGCAACGGACGCCUGGUUUCCCCAGGUAUCCCGGGCGAACUGUUUAUCGGCGGGCGCGGGGUCGCCGCAGGGUAUCUUAAUCGCCCGGAGGAGACCUCGGCCGCAUUCGUGCGCAUGGCCAUCCCAGGUAUUGAUCAGCCGCCUGCGACAUUCUAUCGCACGGGUGACCUAGUUCGCUGGCUUCCGAGCGGCGACAUGCAUUUCGAGCGUCGGUUGCAGAGUGGCCAGAUCAAGAUUCGCGGUCAACGCCUCGAGCUUGCGGAAGUGGAAUCGGCCAUCGUGGCCACCCGGCUCGUCAAGGACGCAGCGGUCGUGUACGUGAAGCCUACCGACGGUCGAUCGCCCUUCUUGGCUGCGUUCGUCGUCCCGGCCACGGACGGCGAGAGCGUUGACACCCUCGAUCCUCGUUACUUCAUCCAGCAGCUCAAAAAGAUCGUACCCGCGUACAUGGUCCCGCAGACAGUGUUCAUCCGGGCGUCGCUGCCGCUCAACAACAGCGGGAAGCUAGAUCGACACCUUUUGGGUCUCAUGGCGCAGGAGCACGAUAUGGCCGACGCUAACGCAGGAGACGUGACUGGCAUCCAUGAGAAGGGUGCACGAAAUGUCAUCGAAGCGCAGGUCGCGGCCAUCAUGAGUGCGAUCCUGCGAGGAAGGCACAUCGGUCUCGAGGAUGACUUCUUCGACGUCGGUGGGCAUUCCCUCUUGGCCAUGCAGCUCAAAUGGGGUCUCGACAAAGCGUUCGGCAACCUGGUCACCAUGCAGGACAUAUUCGGAGGAGCCACCGCACGGAGGCUUGCCGAACUCAUCUCUAGAGCGUCGCCGGUCGCUGGGAAUUCAGACUUUCCGAUCGCAACUCUGGCUCGUACACUGUCUAGUACAGACCGCCGAUGCUACAUCCCCUCGGCCGGUACUCGGUGGCAGUACUCCGCCAGUCGUGCGCCACCUCCUGGGGAGGUCAUGAGCCAUUGCCCAUUCUGGCUCCGCCUAUCAGGCGAGCUCAGCGAGAGUCUUCUCGAGCGCGCCCUUCAGGAGAUGACUGCUCGGCAGAAUAUUCUCCGCACUGUCUUUGAGGAGGUGGACGGUAGCGUCCGCGCUCGCGUUGCCGACUGGGUGCCCACCUUGGAGAUAGUGGAUGCACCGCCGAUGAAGAGCGAUCAGGACCUUGAGGACUACAUCCGCCGUUAUGCCAGUCAACCCUUCGACAUCGCUACGACACCUCCCUUCCGGCCCAUCCUCUUUCGCCUAGCUCGACGGUCUUUUAUCCUCCUAUUGUCCUUUGACCACAUCAUCACCGACGGCUACUCGGAGGACAUCAUCGUCAAGGAACUGUGCGAGUACUAUGGCGCGCUCUGCGAGGGCCGCGCCGCCGACCUGCCCGACCUGCCCGUCACAUGCGCCGACAUCGCUCACUGGGAGCGUAGCGACUCUUUUGGGUCCCUCAUCGCGCGUCAGCUCGACUACUGGGCCGCUCAUCUCCAAAGCGCCACGGCCGCCUCAUUCACGCCCGACUUGCCCGGCGCGGACACUUCAACCUACCUGACCGCCAGCGACUUUGUACCGAUCUCGCUCUCCGAGUCUCUCGUCGCUCGGCUCGACGCUGCGUGCGCCCUGUCGCGCGUCACGCUCUCGAUGGCGCUCCUCGCCGCGCUCCGCGUCGUGCACUUCCGCCGCACAGGCGCGCGCGAUGCCGUGCUGGGCGGCGCGACCGCGAACAGGCAGCGCCCCGAGCUCGCACACCUCCAGGGCUUCUUCGUCACCGCGCUCCUCUACCGCCUCCGCGUCGAGACCGGUCAGCGCUUCCGCGACGUCCUCGAGCAGGUGCGCACGCUAGUGGCAGAAGGGGUCUCCAACAUGGACGCGCACAUGGUCACCAUCGCGGAGGCGCUGUGGGAGCGCGGCGCUGUCCCAGCAGGGAGCAUGCCGCUCCGAAUCGCCAUGGGCUAUGUGGUGCACGAGCAGGCGUCGGUGCAGGUCGAUGGCUUGCGCAUGGAGCGGAUGGAGGUCAACAUGCAUGCGGUGCAGCUGGACAUGGAAAUCUACUUUGGACGGAUCGCGCGCACGGAUAAGGUGACGGGGGAGAUCAACUAUCGACGGGACCUGUAUAGCAAGGCGUAUAUCCAAGGUCUUGCCCGCGACCUUGAAAGCGUCCUGGAGUGCUUUGCAGAAAGUUCUGACUUCCUUGUGAACUAG